UAGCCAACUCUGGUGACAUGCCCCCUGCGGCGGCUGGGAUGGCAGAUGGUGUGCACCUCCUUGGGUUUUCCGACGAGAUCCUCCUGCACAUCCUGGUCCACGUCCCCAGCACGGACCUGAUUCUGAAUGUCCGGCGCACCUGCCGGAAGCUGGCGGCCCUGUGUCUUGACAAGAGCCUGGUCCACACGGUGCUGCUGCAGAAGGACUAUCAGGCCAGCGAGGACAAGGUGAGGCAGCUGGUGAAGGAGGUCGGGCACGAGAUCCAGCAGCUGAGCAUGGCCGGCUGCUACUGGCUGCCGGGCUCUGCCGUGGAGCACGUGGCCCGCUGCCGCAGCCUGGUGAAGGUCAACCUCUCGGGCUGCCACCUCACCUCCCUGCGCCUCUCCAAGAUGCUCUCGGCCCUGCAGCAGCUGCGCUCACUGGCCAUCGACGUGAGCCCUGGCUUCGACGCCAGCCACCUGAGCAGCGAGUGCAAGGCCACGCUGAGCCGCGUGCGGGAGCUCAAACAGACGCUGUUCACACCCUCCUACGGGGUGGUGCCCUGCUGCACCAGCCUGGAGAAGCUGCUGCUCUACUUCGAGAUCCUGGACCGCACGCGUGAGGGCGCCAUCCUCUCGGGCCAGCUCAUGGUGGGCCAGAGCAACGUGCCGCACUACCAGAACCUGCGCAUCUUCUACGCGCGCCUGGCCCCGGGCUACAUCAACCAGGAGGUGGUGCGGCUCUACCUGGCCGUGCUCAGCGACCGCACGCCCGAGAACCUGCACGCCUUCCUCAUCUCUGUGCCUGGCAGCUUUGCCGAGAGCGGGGCGACCAAGAACCUGCUGGACUCCAUGGCCCGCAACGUGGCGCUGGACGCGCUGCAGUUGCCCCGGUCCUGGCUGAACGGCUCGUCCCUGCUCCAGCACCUGAAGUUCAACAACCCGUUCUACUUCAGCUUCAGCCGUUGCACGCUGUCGGGCGGCCACCUGGUCCAGCAGGUCCUGCAGGGCGGCAAGGACCUGCACAGCCUGGCCAGCCUGAACCUCAGCGGCUGCACGCACUGCCUGUCCCCGGACACGCUGCUCCACAAGGCGGAGGACGACAUCGACAGCAGCAUCCUGGAGACGCUGGUGGUGUCCUGCUGCAACCUGCGGCACCUCAACCUCUCGGUCGCCCACCACCACAGCCCCGAAGGCCUGGGCCGGCACCUCUGCCAGCUUCUGGCCCGCCUGAGCCACCUGCGCUCCCUCUCCCUGCCCGUCUGCUCUGUCGCCAACGUGGCGCCGCGGGCCGACCGUGCGCCCCCCCAGCCUGUGACGCACGCUGUGCCCUGCGGCUUUGGCAAGAAGGUGCGCAUCGGCGUGCAGUCCUGUCCCAGCCCCUUCUCGGGCCAGGCGGGCCCCCAGCCUUCCUCUGUGUUCUGGUCUCUGCUGAAGAACCUGCCCUUCCUGGAGCACCUCGAGCUGAUCGGCUCCAGCUUCUUCUCCGCCAUGCCGCGCAACGAGCCCGCCAUCCGCAACAUGCUCCCGCCCUGCAGCCGGGCACAGAACGUUGGGGACUCGGAGGUGGCUGCCAUCAGCCAGCUGGCCUUCCUGCGGCACCUGACACUGGCCCAGCUGCCCGGCAUGCUGUCGGGCUCUGGGCUGGUCAGCAUCGGCCUGCAGUGCCAGCAGCUCCAGUCCCUCUCACUGGCCAACCUGGGCAUGAUGGGGAAGGUGGUCUACAUGCCCGCCCUCUUGGACAUGCUGAAGCACUGCAAGCGGCUGAAGGACCUCAGGCUGGAGCAGCCCUACUUCAGCGCCAACGCCCAGUUCUUCCAGGCGCUGAGCCAGUGCUCCUCGCUGCAGCGCCUGUGCCUGGUCUCCCGCCGCGGCACCCUCCAGCCCGAUGCGGUGCUGGCCUUCAUGGCCUGCUGCCUGCACGUCGUCGUGUGCCACCUGUUCACCGGCGAGUCCCUCGCCACCUGCAAGAGCCUGAAGCAGUCGCUCCUCCGCAGUUUCCAGGUGGAGCGGCCUGCACUGAACGUGGUCAUCUUCCCCCUGCUCCACGAGGGCCUGACCGACGUCAUCCGGGACGUCCCCAUGGUGCACCUGGAUGAGAUCACCUUGUUUAAGAGCCGAGUGGCUGAGGAGCCACCAAACCUGUGGUGGUGAGGAGGACCCGUCCUGCCCUGGGCCCAGCCACUGCUCGUCAGUCCAGGCCACCGGAGGCGCUGCUGCUGUCCCGAAGAGCUGCAGGUUCGGACCCCUCGUUUGCCGCGGGAGGAGGAAAGCCACGCUCCCAGCCUGGCUGCGGCUUCCAGCGCUCCCUCUGCUGUCUCCCGUGGCGACUGCUGC